UAAGUAGCGAGAUUCCGGCGGCGACGCAUGCUACUAAAGAACUGGAAGACCACAAUCUGAUUGCUAUCUUGGAAGGUGAUGAUGCGAACAUUACGGAACAGCGACCGAAAUUUAAGUUAAAGUUGAUGGUGGCGACGAAGUGCAUUGCCAUUCAUGAAAUCCAAUAAGAAGAACCGCAAAAAGAAUAAGCAUAUUAAGAAGAAAAAGAAGGUAUCUUCCUCAUCAUCCGCGGAUUCGUCAUCAUCGGACAACAACGAGGAGGAAGAGGAGUGGGUCGAAAAGUCGGGUAGCAAAGCGGAAGCCAGAGCCGGAACUUGCAUGGGUAGUGGUGGUGCGGACGAGGAACUGGGCGAUGGCGUCGUGGGACCGAUCAAAACCAGCCGUAAUCUAAGCCAGAAGGACUUUGGUCGGGCACUGCUGCCUGGUGAGGGUGCCGCGAUGGCCGCCUAUGUGACCGAGUACAAGCGAAUUCCGCGGCGUGGUGAAAUCGGGCUUACAUCGGACGAGAUUGUCAACUUUGAGGACUUUGGAUACGUGAUGAGCGGUAGCAGACAUCGUCGUAUGGAGGCGGUCCGUAUUCGUAAGGAAAAUCAAAUCUAUUCUGCGGACAAAAAACGAGCGCUGGUCAUGUUCAGCAAGGAAGAACGUCAGAAGCGGGAAAACAAGAUCCUGUCACAGUUCAAGGAGAUGAUCAGCGCUAAACUAGCCAAUGACAAGCGUUGAGUAGUUUAGCGUUAACAGUAUUAACUUAACUGCGCGCGUGCUCUCAGGUUCGUCACCAUACUUAUUUUCUGCCACAUCGCCAUUCAGAUGCCCUUCGUAGUGCUGCCGCCACCUUUGGGUUAUCUUUUAUAUUACUGUUUUUAAAUAAUAUGGACCUAUGGACAAUUAAAAAUAUAAUACCGUGCAUCGUGCAAAAAAUAUAAUUCCGCGCAUCGCCUAAAACCGUGGUUUUCAUCAAAAAUCAUAACCUGG